AUGGAUGGAGUGGAAGGCAGACAGAGCGCUUCGCGCAGCCGACCUGGCCACGAGGUGCUGCCAGUGCCUGGCGAUGGGUACUGUUUGUUUCACUGCGUAAAUUUUUUCUGCCGGCAGACUGAUGCGGACGAAUUUGCGUGGGAUCAGCACCGAGCAGCCGGCCUGUACUUGAGAGCUUUGGAAUACUUGUGGCAUGGACUUAGGCAGACCGAUGCGGAUGCCGCGGUCAUAGAAAGCGCCUGUGUACCUGAGUCAGACAAUGAACUCAACAUGCAUCGGCACUAUUUGCACCGGAAAGCUGGCAUACCCCCCAGAAAACUGGAAGCAGUCACUGAUGCAGAGACGGUGCUGUGGAGUAAAAUUGAAGCAGUGCUGAGCAAGCAACAUGUCCUGGACAGCUUUCAUCAUGGUUCUGUGGUGGAACUUUGGGCCUUAUGCAGAAUCUUUUCGUUUGAAGCAAUCAUUUGGGGUGGGAAAGAAGAUGAGAACAUCAGAGUAAGCACCCUAGAAGCCCUAUCCGACGAACAAGCCAAAGAGGUCUUGAGGAACCAUGUGCACGUCAUGGAAGUACUUUAUCGGCCGAUGGGCUGUACGGGACAUUAUGACAUCAUCAAGGGGCGCGGUCACACCGGAAUGGCGCAGGCAGUUUCUGGCUGGGAAAAAUUGUGGCUGGAGGCAGGCAGCAAAGCAGUUCGAGAGGCAAUGAAAGCCGAAGCAGCCAAACAGGGAAAAGCAGAGCAUGUGCAGGAGGUGGUGUCGGUGCCCGGUGAUGGAUACUGCUUGUUUCACUGUGUAUGCUAUUUCUUCCAGCAAGGUGACAAAGGCGCCUUUGUGUGGGAUCAGCAGCGAGCCGCGGGCCUGUACUUGAGAGCUUUGGAAUACUUGUGGCAUGGACUGCGGCAGACCGAUGCAGAUGCCGCAGUCAUGGAAAGCGCCUGUGUGCCUGAGUCGGACAAUGAACUCAACAUGCAUCGGCAGUAUCUGCAUCGGAAAGCUGGCGUACUCCCCAGAAAACUGGAAGCGGUCACUGAUGCAGAGACGGUGCUGUGGAGUAAAAUUGAAGCAGUGCUGAGCAAGCAAGAUGGCCUGGACAGCUUUCAUCAUGGUUCUGUGGUGGAACUUUGGGCCUUAUGCAGAAUUUUUUCGUUUGAAGCAAUCAUUUGGGGCACACAAGCAGGCGAAAACUAUCGGGUCAGCACCCUAGAAGCCAUUUCCAGCGAAGAAGUCAAAGAUGUCCUUGCAAAGCACACCAACGUAAUGGAACUGGUGUACCAAGGCCUGGGUUGCACAGGGCAUUAUGAUGUUGUGAAGACUUCAGUUUGCGACGGGUUGGAGUUGCUGAUGCUGGGCUGGGAGAAGUUGUGGAGGGAAGGCGGCAGCCGAGCCGUUCGACAAGUUCUCAAACAGAGACCUGCCAUGCAACAGGAACGUGACAGCACCGUAUGGUCAGAUGAGUCAUCACAAGACAGCUGCAAGAGGCAGAAUGAAAAACCAGAGGACGUUGAAGGGCAAGAUGGCAGCACAAUGUCGACGGAAUCGGAGGUUGAAGGCAUCCAAGGCUUGGACAUAGGUGACAUACGCGCUGCUGAAGGGAGACGCAUCCUGACACCCGAGGAUGACAUGGAAGACAGGUGCAGGGCCAUUCGUGUGCUGCUGCAGGAGUUUCCGAUGCAUCCGAAGCCAUUGCAAGGUUGGUCCGCACAGUCGUGUGGCCCAAUGGCAGGAGUGGCAUACCCUGCAGCACAUUGUGCAUUCGCGGGUUGUCAUUGGAACAGUGAUGCGGAGCCUUGUGUUUCAUGGCACACAAACCCUGGAGCCUGGGCAGUCCAUGGGUCAAUGUGGAAACGAUCUACGGGUGCUUGCUGUGGUGACAGUACACAGUGUCUUUGGGCGCAUCUUUGGGCAAAGCACAGGGAAACUUUAGCCGUACACGGUGCUGACACAACGCCCGAGGUCGGAUGGUGCGCCUACAAGCGCGCGUUAGUGCUGCAAGAGGAGAGGAAUGUGCCAGCACUCGGCUGGUCCGUGGAUCGACGAACCUUGCGUCGCUUGCGCAGCGGCUUACAGGAGCACGAGUGCGCAGCAUUGAUUUGCGCAUGUUGCGCCGGUAUUCACAGCACCGGCACAAGAGCAAACUGUGGCUAUGUGUCCGUUAAGGUCCUUUUUGGCAGCCUGACAAAGCGAAGUUUGGACGCAAACUGGAAUGCAGAGGAAUUUGAGCACAGGUAUCAGUGGCAAGAAAUGGCCCAUGGGCAGGAGUGGGAACGGAAGCUACCGGGCAACAUAUUCGCAGGGCAGCGGGUUUUGUGCUGCCCAGAAGACAUACGUUGCGACACUUGUCAAGGCCGAGAUGGCCAGUUGUGCGAAGACUGUCAAAUUCCUCUUUGUCGCAAAUGUUGGGACGGCAUGAGGCAUUAUCAGGACCCAAGAGUGCCAGAGGCACUAACGAACGACAACUGGUACGGCUACCCUUGGAACUUCCUGUAUGAAGAAAAGGUCCGGUCGAUCGAAGCGGCAGCAGCCUCACCUGUUUGGACAUCAAUCGUCAUUUUUUACAUUGAGGGCGACCGUGGUCACUUGAUGGAAGAAGAAUUACACCGCGGAGAAGUUCGAGCUGCCGCAAGGGGCAAUAUAAGCUCAUUCAGUAUGCCUUGGGAAGAAAUUUAUGGGAACUUACAGAGUGCCAAUGCAGCGGAUCUGUUGGACAAAUUGCCUCAUCCACCAGAAGCUCUCAGCCGCAUGGUGAAAUUCACAGUGAAAGGAAUGAAGCACAGUGAAAUCGUUGACUGGGUCGCCGGUGCAAAAAUACGACCCUGGGUGGUCUUGAAGUUGUUAGAGCACCUCUUGGAUAUCGGACAUCCCAUGUGCAGGGGCCGAGACAAGGCAACUCUAUGCCAAGAAUUCAAGGAGAAGGUUGCUGCAAGAUAUGGGGACGUUGAAAUGACACCGGCAAACGUUCAACAAGUCCUGGAGGAAAAGGCCAAGAAAGGGAAUCCAACCCCGCAUCAGAAGCACGCCACGCCCGCAGCGGCGAGCCUGCAGACAAUGGACGGAGAGGCUUACCAGGGCAGUCUUCGCCCAGAGAUUUUGUCAGAAGACUAUACCAGUGGACAGCUUGCGCAUCGCGAAACCAUGGAGGUGACAAGACUGGGGAACGUAGCAAAAGAGUUGUCAGUGGUCACUGGCAAUACAUUUUGGGACCAAUGGCAAAGUCGGUUUCUGAGCUGGGCUUACCCCUUCAGCCUGCCAUUGCCUGUGGGAGGCCCUGAUUUUCCUUCCCGGCCGAGAGACCGGCGAAAAGAGGAAGCUGCUCGGCUAACACCUAUUGCGCACUUGCGCGCCCUUGCCCGAAGAGUGGAAAGUUCCAUCCGGAAUUCUUGGGAUUUGGUGCCGGGCGUACGACGCAUCACCAUGAAGUGGCACUCGGUCUGGAACGCAAAACUCUGGAGAACCUGGAGGAACAAGAAAGAGCAAGUGGCAGAAAUUCCCGCAAGCACAUGGGUCAGAGCAGCAGAACGCCUGUACGAAAGGCUGCGAAAGGGGAAGUAUUGUACCGGCAAGCAGCUGAAACCAAUAGACUACGAUACAAGAAAGCUCUGGUAUGCCGAAGGUCUUACAAAGCCAGAAAGAGAGAUCCUCAUUGCUGUGCGCAAUAGGCAACAGACAAUGCCGGGAACAGUGGAAGUACGCAAGCAAAUUGGAAGGUAUUUGUUCGGGGCUCGUGUUGAGCUGGGUGAGCCUCUCUUUGUCACUGUAUCUCCAACUACUCGGCAUAACGGUCUGUGCAUGAGAUUCUCAAGGUAUCGAGCUCGGGACCCCGCUGCGCAAGAGAUGCGCGGACCUUGGUUCGCGAGAGACAAGCCGCCUCUCUGGAACAAAGAUGAGCUUGCAGACAUUGACCUACCAGACUACGAGGUGCGAAGGGCGCUGACUGCACGUGAUCCAUGGGCGACUGUGCUGGCUUUUCAACGCAUGAUACGUUUCGUAUUCGGAGAACUGCUUGGAAUAAGGCUGUGCCCGGAUUGCCCGCACUGUGCUUGUAAUGACCAAUGGGGGCAAGGUUUCCACGUUGGCGGCGGUGUGCUCGGUCUGGUCAAGGGCAUCUGUGGAGCAAUCGAGUACCAAAGUAAUUCAGCACCCCACUUUCAUGGACAUGUUUACAUUGCAACAGUCUGGCAGCAGCCCUUGAAAGUGUUAGCUGAACAAGUGGAACAACAAUUGAUGACCAAAGAGAAGAUCUUCCAGUUUCACCAGUGGGUGCACAACGAAGUCUAUUUUGACAAAGCAAAACAAGAGCUGGACGAAGCAGCCGUUGAGAGAUCCUGGGCCGGGAACUACCAAGAAGAGGCAAAGAAUCAGCUGUCCCUGUGGCCGCAAUUCCUGGCAAACGACCAUGGUGCAAGCCCUUGGCUGGAUGCGAGCAUGACCGAAGCCGCUGCAAUGACAGAAGCCGCUGAAUACAAGAACGCCUACAAAGCGGCAGUGCAAGAAAAGAUGUUGCAUUAUCAGCAUCACGUCCACCCGUGGGAUAAGGAACGGAAAGAACGGAAGCUUUUGCCGGCGUGUCACAAGAAAGGGUCGCACAAAAAAUGCAAGCACAAUUUCCCGAAGAAGCUGAACUUGAUGCCGAGAGUUAUUUGCCGUAGAAACUCACGCAAAUAUGGGGUGAGCACGCGCGGUCGUCGGAACGCGCUUGGCGCCGUAUUGGGGCAGCGGCACAAUGAGUGGUUGUCUGGGACUGCCCCUGCUUUUUCCUUGAUGCUCAUGGGCAACAGUCACACUGCCCCCAAUUUCCGGGUUCCUUUGUGCAAAAGCACGCACGAUGAAGACUGCAAACGGAAGUGCUUGGAGAAAUACACCGUUGCGCACCUGACGCAUGUCAUGGAUCUGGCCGCCCGACGGGCAACCAAAUAUUUCACCGGCUAUUUGCAAAAACCACAGCCGCUUGGAAAAAAGGAAUUGCAGGAGGCGGCAAAGCAGCUUGUUUUUUUGGAGAGCAAAACGGCGCAACUAGACAAAGGCAUCAAACAGCACGAGACUGUGGUGAAUCGUGUUCUUGGGGACCUGGAGUUCCGGUGUUCGGUGCGGCCUUUGACCGAAGAAUUUAUGCUAGCUGGGUUUGCAGACGCCAAUGACCCCACUGCUGCAGAGAGCAUACGAAGCUUCCAGACACAGCCUUUUCGGGGCUUGGAAUUGCUGUGGUUGUUGCGACCAAUGAGUGCUGAACCCACAGUGGAUGUGCAAGCUCGUCAAAGGCGAAAGUACACGACUUUGGAUCUCUAUGGUUGGCGAGGCAGUGACGCACGAGUACUUUACUUGUCCCCGUGGGAAUUUGUGAAACUUUGGACCUUGUGGAAGGUAGAGCCGCCUAGUCACAGUGAAGAUUCACUCACCGAGUGGGCCGGCCCAGAAGAGCAGAAGGCAAGAAUCGCCGGCUGGCAUCAUGGGCGAGCCUAUCGGUGGAAGACAACCUUGCCCCAGAAGGCAGCUUUGGACGUUGUUCGCAUUCCGAAAGCAUUAGGGCUUGGCAGAAUGUGGAGCACGCAUUAUUUCAAACGCAGAGCCACACCGGCGGUGCCUAGCCCGUGCAGUUGUCCUUUGCCUCGCCCAGAAACCUCUGCAGAGGAGAAGGCUUUGAUGUUGAACGCUUACUUACGCCCGUGGGUUUUGGACCUGAGGCACGCGAGCACGCGUGUUCCGCAUAUUUGCGCCUUGGACCGUUCCAUUUCAGAGCAACUGUCCAACAUGCCCGCAACAAAGCGGUACUCUGGCAAGACUAGCGUUGGAAAACGCAGCCAUGCCAUGGCUUGGGAAGAUUACGUUCGGAACCACAUUGUUUCUGAGCAUGCUGCGGGCACAAUUCGCAAUUUUCUUGCAGCGUUGGACACUGACAUGGAUGACAUUGACGAAGAAGGCUGCAAACAGAAAGGUGCAGAAAAGGAGGUGGAUACAAGCUGGGUAACAUUGGACAUCAUCAAUCAGAUCACGCAGGCAGAAGGCGCGCAGCACACCACCCGAGUGGGAGCAGCCGUUAAAAACAUUGUCCAGCAUUGGUCGCACAAUGCGGAGGGUUUGGAGAGCGAUGGGCUUUCUGUGGCGAAGACAGGGGCAAUGGUGGACACCGGACGAACAAGCCAAGAACCACAAGAAACACGGAAUUGGAAAGGAGACGGUGAAAGCCAACCGCCAGUGAUUUUCAGUUAUGGAAAAUUAACUGCGCAGGCUGCAGAAGCAUGGGUGGCCGGUUUGCAAGCAGGCCAAAGCAGUUUGCUACCAAGCGAGGAACAACUUGCAUUUCUGAACGCCGUGAUCCAUAGAUGCUUGCAAGAAGCGGAUGAAGAAGAAAAGGACCCAGACUUUCGGAGCGAGCCCGAACGGUGUUUUCUGCAUGGGGUGCCAGGAGCGGGCAAAUCCCAGACCUUGAAGUGGGUGCGAGCCUUUUUUGAGGAUGUAUGUGACUGGGUGCAUGAGAAGGAGUUUGUGUUCUUAGCGCCCCAAAACACACAGGCGGCUUUGAUAGAUGGGAUUACGCUUCAUUCGUUCGCAAAUCUUGGCAUCAAGGGGGAUGGCCGUGCAGCACCCAGCAAAUUUGGGCCAGACAAGUUCACAAAGUAUCAGCGCAUCCGUUGGGUCGUGGUCGAUGAAACCAGUACAGUGCCUUUAGAAGUGUUGGUGGCAUUGGAAAAGCAAAUGACGGUGGCCGCGCGCGACAAGCGCACAUGGAAACUGCGAGAGCCAAAGCAACCGCGCAUGUUCGGCGGCUGCAACUUGGUUCUGGCGGGCGAUUUCUGGCAAUUUCCUGCAGUGCGCGCCACGUCCGUCUUCCACAAUCCAUGGGCCAAAACACGCAGUUUUGGAGUUGCUGCCAUGCAACGUUUUCUUUGGACACAUUCAGUGCAAAACAUGGCGCAGUUGUUUGAACUCACAAAAGAGCAGCGAUGCGUGGAUCCUUGGCUGAGCUUUGUGUUGCAGGAAGCCCGACACGGCAGACAAUCCCAGGAAGUGUGGUCUUUCCUUCAUGGAUAUCCAACCCUGCACGCAGGUUCCUGGAACCCAAGCACGGGGAAGUGCACUUGCCAACGUGCAGAGUGCGAAGCACUCUACCAAAAGUGGGCCGUUGAAGUCAAAAACGGUGUGGUGCGAGCAUGGGCAAUUCGUCAAGAAGAAGAGUGCACGCAAUGUCAGGCCGAACGUCGGCGUCGGUGCAUAGUGGCAGGGACAAGUCUUUUGUCGCCUAACCCCAAAGACAUGAAGUUCUUGGCCGGGCCGUUCAUUCAUGCACUGAACGCAGCCAAGUACAUUGCGGCGCAGCUCCGUGCCAAGUUUGUUGCCCGGCACAGAAAACACCUUCUACUUUGGGUUGUUGCAAAGGAUAUGCCUUUGUUUACAGGGGAACACGGUGAUCCGACCGCAGGCACCGCAGCGAAAGAGUCAUGGUUGAGAAGGCACGAUCAGGACACUGGCGGGAUCAUGGGGCUGUUGCCGCUCUUGCCAGGUAUGCCGGUGCGCGUGACGCAGACAUUGCCAGAACUUCGGCGCUUCAAAAUUUACAAGAACACAAGGGCGACCUUGCUAGGAUGGAGUUUAGAUGAACAUGAUUUGGAACGCAUCCGAGACUCGACAGGCAUGGAAUUGGUGCUUGAAAAAAUGCCAGCCUGUCUCUUUUUGAAGAUAGAAGGCGCAACAUGGCAAGAAGAGCUAGAUGCGGAGGUUGGGGUCAUACGUGUUCGUCCCAUUCUGCAACAUUGGAAGGUGGACCCUCAAGGACUUGCGACCAUUGCACGCCGAGGAUUUCCAAUUGCCUGCGACUACGCAGGGACAGCACACUCUUUCAUGGGCUCAACAUUAAAGGCAUGCACACUGGACUUAGAAGCAUGGAAUGCGCCUUCAAAUCGCGAUGCGCAAUUGAGUGGCUACAUGUGUUUGUCACGCGUGAAGAAGUGUGAGGACGUAUGUUACUCCUGGCACAGGCAGGCCACAGAUCUCGCUGAAGCAAAAAAAAGCUUUGCUAUGGAGAAACCAAAGCGGCAGCGAACAAAGGACAUACUGUUGGCCUGUCGCUUAUGCACCCUCAACAACGACGGACUUGAGGUCUGGAAGCCUUGGGCGGACUUUGACAGUGCGCACUUGGACAACCCCAGGCAGCUGUUGGAAGACGGAAUGGACAGAAUGUGCAAGGAAUGUGCGGCGGCACAGGCUGCACCACAAGAAGUGACC